GCCAUAGAAUCCCCGGUUGCCAUGGCUCCAGGAUUGCGUCCACAUGCAGAGCCGCUGCUGUGAGAGCUGAAGGGAAUCCUGCCGGUUGCUGGAUUCCCUUGACCAGUGAUCCAGAAAGGCGCCAUGGGCCUGAUCACAGAAGAUCUUAUUAGACGCAAUGCUGAGCACAACGACUGUGUCAUUUUUUCCCUGGAGGAACUUUCCUUGCAUCAGCAAGAAAUAGAAAGGCUAGAACAUAUCGACAAAUGGUGCCGGGAUUUGAAAAUUCUUUAUCUUCAAAAUAACCUCAUUGGAAAAAUUGAAAAUGUUGGCAAACUCAAGAAACUUGAAUACUUGAACCUAGCAUUAAACAACAUUGAAAGAAUUGAAAAUUUGGAAGGAUGUGAGUGGCUGACCAAACUUGACCUGACUGUAAAUUUCAUUGGUGAGCUGAGCAGCGUUAAAACCCUGAAGCACAACAUCCAUCUAAAGGAGCUCUUCCUCAUGGGUAACCCAUGUGCUGACUUUGAUGGCUACAGGCAGUAUGUGGUGGUGACCUUACAACAGCUAAAGUGGUUGGAUGGCAAAGAAAUCGAGCGUUCUGAAAGGAUCCAGGCAUUGCAGAACUACCCAGGAGUUGAACAGCUAAUCAGAGAGCAGGAGAAAGCUUACUGCCUUAAACGAGCCAAAGAGAAAGAGGAGGCUCAGAGGAAACUCGAGGAAGAACAAGAAGACAAGAAAAAAAGCUGCCCAGGCUUUGACGGGCGUUGGUACACAGACACUCAAGCUGUUUGCCCAUCUUCUAUAGAGAACAAAGACCAUCUCCAGGUACCAGAAACACAAGAAGAGGAACACAGCACAAAGAAAUCAGACAAAAGUGAAGAUGACUUGGCAUUCUGGAACAAACCCUCUGUGUUCACUCCUGAAUCUAGAUUGGAGACUCUUCGACACAUGGAGAAACAACGUAAAUCCCAAGAUAAGUUAAGUGGAGAUAAGAAGAAAGUGAAACCACCUCGGACUUUGGUCACUGAAGAUGGGAAGGUCCUGAAUGUCAAUGAAGCCAAACUUGAUUUCUCUUUGAAAGAUGAUGAGAAACACAACCAGAUCAUCCUGGACCUGGCCGUCUAUAGGUACAUGGAUACCUCGUUAAUUGAGGUUGACGUGCAGCCAACAUAUGUUCGAGUUAUGGUCAAAGGAAAGCCAUUUCAGCUUGCCCUUUCUGCAGAGGUCCAGCCUGACAGAAGCUCUGCUAAAAGAUCCCAGACAACAGGGCAUUUGCUGAUCUGCAUGCCCAAGGUAGAAGAAGUUAUCACAGGAGGUCAACGAACACCCAUGUCUGUGAAAAGCACCCUGGACAGCAGCAGAGAGCAAGCAAACCACAGAAGGAAGCAGAUAGAAAGAUUAGAAGUUGAUCCCAGCAAGCAUUCCUGCCCUGAUGUAACUACUAUAGUACAAGAGAAAAAACACAAACCUAAAAGAAUGGAAUAUCAACCCCAAAUUGUACCCAGUGAGGAAGAUCUCUACUUUGAUGAUAACCCAGAAGUGCCUCCACUAAUCUGAAACAGGGGGCUGUGUUGUCAUUGACUGUGGCCUGAUCAAACCCUGUUGCUUGGUGUCAACCAUGGAUGUGUGUCAUUCAUGGGAUAAACAUAGUUCAUUAUUGUUUUAUCUGAUGGUGUAACUCUUACUUUGCAUAGUAAUGUUCUUAAGUGAGUUUAAAAUUAAACGGCAUACCUUAAAAUGCUAAAA